UCCUUUUUUCCCAUUCUACCCCUUUUCCCCCUUUUAUAUCACCCCAAGCCCAAAUCCAAAACCCUCAUCUCUCUCCCCCUCUCUUCCUCUCCGGCGAUCUCUCCGUCUCCUUCUCCGGCUCCGGCAUUGCAUCAUCACCGAGAAAUCUAGAUCGGCGACAAGGAAAUGGGUCAGAUCCAGUACUCCGAGAAGUAUUUCGACGAUACCUACGAAUAUCGGCAUGUCGUGCUCCCGCCGGAGGUCGCCAAGAUGCUUCCCAAGAACCGUCUCCUCUCCGAGAACGAGUGGAGAGCAAUUGGAGUUCAGCAAAGCAGAGGGUGGGUUCACUACGCGAUCCACCGACCGGAGCCACACAUCAUGCUUUUCCGGCGACCUCUGAACUAUCAACAACAGCAAGAGAACCCAACCGCCACCGCUGCCGCCGCGGCGCACCAAGCUAUCGCUAAGUGAUCUCCCUCGCCGCCGGCGAGGUUCUACAAAUCUAGGGUUUCAAAUCUCUUGUUCCUCUUCUUCGAUCUUUUUCUCUCUUUUGGGUUUUUCUUUGAUCUGAUGUUUGAUGUGAUCUCUUGAUGAGAUGUAGUGAUGGUCCUGUAAACAGGAAUAUAUGACUCUAUAUUUUUCAUA